AUGCUCAGAACUUCAGCAAGACGUUUGUUAAGCUCGACAGCGGCUGCCCGUAACGCUGCUGCUGCCGUUGCCCCAAACACAUCGAAAGUCAUACCUUCCAGAUUCCAAACGUCGACUUUGUCGAACGGAUUAACUGUAGCAUCAGAAUUAAUGCCAGGUACUAAGACUGCAACUGUAGGAGUAUGGAUUAAUGCAGGCUCAAGAGCUGACAAUCCCAAGAGCAGUGGAACUGCUCACUUCCUUGAGCAUCUUGCCUUCAAGGGAACCACCAAGCGUACGCAGUUGAACUUGGAGUUGGAAGUUGAGAACAUGGGGUCACAAAUUAAUGCGUACACCUCACGUGAAAACACUGUAUACUACACCAAGUGCCUUGACAAGGACAUCCUGACAAAUGUAGAGAUCUUGAGUGACUUGUUGACCAAAUCAAAGUUGGACCCAAGAGCCAUCGAGAAUGAAAAGCACGUUAUCAUCCAGGAAAGUGAUGAAGUUGACAAAAUGUACGAUGAAGUGGUCUUUGACCAUUUGCAUGAGAUCACAUACAAGGGCCAGGAUCUUGGUAGAACCAUAUUGGGACCCCGUAGUGUGAUUAGAGCCAUGGACAGAGAUAACUUGGUCAACUACAUCACCACAAAUUAUAAAGGUGAUAGAAUGGCAUUAAUUGGGGUUGGAAGUGUCAAGCACGAGGACUUGGUUAAGCAGGCCGAACAAUACUUUGGUCACAUACAAAAGAGUGAUACUCCAUUUCAACAAAGCGGCGGAGAUUUACCAAUUUUCUACGGUGAUGAAAUUAGAAUCCAGGACGAUUCCUUACCCCAAACCUACGUCGCCUUGGCAGUCGAGGGUGUAAGCUGGUCUGCUCCGGACUUCUUUACUGCCUCUGUAGCCAACGGGAUAGUGGGAACUUGGGAUAGAUCCGUAGGAAUUGGUAGUAACUCGCCAUCUCCAUUGGCAUUAGCAGCUGCAGGAAAUGGUAAUGGACAACCGGUAGUCAACUCAUAUAUGGCAUACACCACUUCGUACGCUGACACUGGUUUAAUGGGUGUGUUCUUUGUGGCAGAGAAGGAUUCUAAUUUAAAAAUAUUCACUGAUGCGGUUAUGAAAGAGUACUCCAGAUUGAAGUCUGGUUUGAUUACUGAUGAUGAAGUGGAAAGAUCUAAGGCACAAUUAAAGGCCUCCUUGGUGUUGGCUCUAGAUGAUUCCACUGCUAUAGCUGAAGACAUUGGAAGACAAUUAGUUAACACGGGGCACAGAUUAUCUCCAGAGGACGUUUUCGAGAGAAUUGAAUCGAUCACCAAGCAGGAUAUCGUGGACUGGGCCAACUACAGACUUAAGGAUAAGCCAAUAGCUGUUUCCGCCUUAGGGAACCUUAAAACAUUACCUCCAUUAUCUGAAUUGACGAGAGGAAUGUCUUUAUAG